CUGGCCUGGACUGGAAGAAAGCCUGGGUAGGGGUUGAUUGUCAGUGUUGUGUGACUGUCAUUAAUUUAUUACUUUCUUAAAUAAAAAAAGGUGCAAUAAAGAUGUUUAGUUUCCACAAACCAAAAGUCUACCGCUCAACAUCGGGCUGCUGCAUAUGCAAAGCAAAAUCAAGCAGUUCACGCUUCACUGAUAGCAAGAAGUACGAGGAAGACUUUGUAGAUUGUUUCCAGCUGGAGGAGAGGCGUGCGGGAGAGGUGUGCAAUGCGUGUGUUUUGUUGGUUAAGAGGUGGAAGAAACUACCACCCGGAACGCAACGCCACUGGCGUCAUGUUGUUGAUGCAAGGGCCGGCCCAGGAACAAAGUCGUUUGUUAAGAUCAAGUCGAAGAAAAAUGCCAAACAUAAAAUCAAAAGCAAGAAACAUAUUGAAGAAGAAGAAAUGGAUGAAGAUUCUAAAAAAGCUAUAGAAAACGAUGAACAAAAUGAUUUCGCAAUGAAUGACAUAUCAGGAGAUGUAGAGGCGGACUCUGAACCUGCGAGUCCGAGGUCUGUGGAGGAAGAGGAGCCGAUGGAGAUGUAUGUCCGAGGUCACAAGCACAUCAACACCUCACCACCUGUCAGCAGCUUCCUGGACAUGACGUUCUGGAAGAGGGAGAAAGUGUGCUGUGGAGUGAUAUUCAAAGGACCGCAUGGUCAGGUGAUUGUAGAUCCCCGAUUCCUCAAGCCUUGUGUGUACAAGCGUGCGCACGCACACACUCACGUUGCAGCGCCCACCACCACUGCCACUAACACUACUGCUGCUGUCGCCACCACCGACGCCUCGUCCACCAAGAUCUAUAGCGACAACUCAUCAGACUCGGGCUACGAUGAAUCCUCCAAUCCGGGUGAAGUAGUUCAACCCGGCCCUAGUAAUAAUUAACGUUGACUGCGCCUAGACAUCACUUUGUUUUAAAGACCUAAUUAUUUCAUUUAACUGUUUUCUGUUAUGUAUUUUAAAAUCGACAAUCAAAUUGUCCGAGUGAUAUUCGUCGACCCGGAGUCGCGAUACGAUCGACACCAAUUUUAAAUAAAUUUGUACUUAACAACGGAUAGAUGGAAUAUUUAGGUCCGGUUUCGACGAUGUUGCCAAACAAUCACGACUUCGAGGGUCCAAUCUUUUAUAUCGAGUAUGAAUCGAAUGGCUCUGCGUGUUUAUAAGAUAAUCCGGACGAGCGACAGAGACCAACUGUCGCAAGUCUGACUACUGCCAACUAGUGUUUAAUAUGUUACCAUAAGCACAGAGGAGUCGUAGCAAUAAGCACAUGCAGUAUUACACAAUUGUAGUUCCUAUCACGACUUCUCUCUCAGGCUCAGCUUAUUACGUACAACCUUAACUUCACUCUCGACCUUUUCAGUAGUAAUUUGUUUACAUUAUUUCUAAACUGUGAAACAUAAACACAUGAUUUUAGUCAGGCCUUUUUGUGACUAAGUUACUGUGUAAAUUCAUACACUAAUCUUCUGUCCCAUAAUUUUUCUUUUAUCAUUAGGUUAGUUCACCUCUCAUUUUACUACAUACAAGUCCAGGAAUUGAAGCCAAAUAGUACUGUACUGUAAAAUAAUCGCAUCUUCAUUGUUUCCCAGCAAUACAAAUUUACAAUUUACACCAUUGUGCUUUUGCUUUGCUGAAUGACAAUGACUAAUAGAUUUUUUAAACUUCUAACCUCACCUUGUUCCUUUGCCAUAGUUUUAAGUUUCACCUAUUUCCUUUGCUAGCUGUGUACACCCGUGUGAGUCGAGUGACGUGCCUUGUCCAGAACAUGGAGCCUGAGAGGGAGGCCAUCUCUGUUGAACGGUGGAUCCCAGGUUUAUGUUAAGAUGACACCCAAAGAGAAGAGUAAAGUUUGUUUCCGAGGGAUUGCGAGAUCUCAAUGCAUAAUAUUACGUUAUAGUAGAUAUACUGAAUGUUACAUGUGUUAAGUGUUUGUCGUAACUGUUGUAUUUGAAACAAUAAAAUUGGUUUGUCUCUAUAAUACCUUAAAGACAAAAAAAGUCUAUAAAAUUCCAGUUGACUGAGGGUGUCUGAUUUACAAAUUGUAUAUAUGUGAAAAGCGGUUUUAUAUGCAUUAUUUUUAAGAUUAGGAAACUAAUUCUAGUCUGAAAGAAUAGUGCAUAGCUAAAUAAUAUAGAUUAGAUGAAUGUUGUGCACACGAUUAAUGUUAAGUGAGAUGUCAUAGUAUAUUUCAUAUCUCGCCUCCGUCUAGCAUUGUGUUUAUGCUUCGGUUGUUUGUGGUUCGUUGCUGUAGACGACCGUUACUCCAUUUUACUAAGAGUUAAGCUGUAUUUGUGUUGUGAGUCUGAACUAAGAAAUCUUUUGUGUUGUACACCCACCUCGUAGCAUAGUCAUGGCUAUUUCCAAAUGUUUGGUUGGAACUUGUCCCGACUAUUAAUUAUAGUCAGACUUAUUUGUGAGUCAUUUUCUCAUGUUUCGCACGAUAGAGUAUGCUUAAGAAUUUUUUAUGUCAAUUUACUACUAUGUGUAGAAGUUUACCCAUUUUAACAAUUGGAUCUGAUCAAGUUUUUGAGACUUUUCUUAGGAUAAUGGGAGUUUAAGGAAAUUUAUAAUAAUAAUCACUUAAAAUAAAAAUAAAAAAUUUUGUAAAGUUUAUACAAGUGUAUUUUAUAUUUAACACACAUAUCAAUGUUGGCCAUUUCUCGCUCUCUGUCCUAUUCAGGUUGUCCCUUCAAAUUGUUUAGCAAUGAAACAUUGUUUUUGUAAUCCCCAAACCUAAUUAUUGUUAAUUUCCUGGAAAUGUAUAACAAAUUGGCAUUCCAUUUGACAUUGAAUCUAAUAAGAGAAAACUUAAACUGUAAUUAAAUUAGUUUGGGUUUGCUUGCUCAAUCUACAGCAAAGCGUUCACUUGAUGGCAAUUAAAUUAAAUGUAUGAGAUAUAUUUGGUUUUAAAUUAGUUGUAGUAAAAUGUUGAUCAUAAGACUAAAUCCCUAACGUAAGCUUAUUUAUUUUAAUGACUGAACUCAUCCCAUCAAUGUUUGUGUUACAAAGCUUUUAGUAGGCUUAUCUUGGAAGUUGAAAGGGAUUUGUAAUGUGUAGGUAGGUCAACUUGUUAUAACUCGUCAGGUAUAGCAUGACCGGUGGCCUCGGGGCCUACUGCCCUCCCUCUAACGCACCCCACCGGUCAUGCUAUACCUGACGAGUUGUACUUAUCAUUCAGGGUCCGGUUAUUUAAGUUCUCUUGCUACUUAUUAUUUACAUAAAAUUUCUUGUUAUAACUUAAAUUUAUAAAACUAUAUUUCAAUUUUACAGUAAACCCAUUUUCAUGUUUCUAGCUUAGAAAAUUAUAAGUAAGUUUAUUGUAAAAUUAAAAUAUUUUAAUCUUUUGAUUUCAUAUUUUGAAAUUAUUUGGUCAGUACCCCUCCGGAACUAUAAUUCUAAAUAAUCACUGUUGAAAUGGGAAAACGAUGUUUAAACUUCCAGACACUCAUAAAAAUCAUGUAAUCUAAUUUCAUCCUUUUGUAGAUGAUUAAGUGUAGAUGAUCAACACCAAGACGACGAUGUUGUCAGUUUAGUUGUAGCGUGAUCUCAACCUUUACCAACACCGGCGCUAGUGUCGUCUUGCCCCGCUUACCUUGGUGUCAGUUGCGGAACUCGAGUUGUCACUGUUGCUAAUGAGUCGUCCGUAACUCGACUCGUGUGAUAGCGUGGGGUUUACAAGCCGAAGCUCGGCCACUAAGGCAUCAUGUAUUAUUGUAAAUACUAGUCGUAAGUGUCUUGUGUAUAUGUCUCGUGUUCGCCACCAGCAUAAAAGAUUAUUUAUUAUCGCAGUUUAAACAACUGAAAUAAUUUUAUCCUUUGUUAAUAGAGAUUGAUAUUUUAUUAUUUUAGCGCAAUUUAAAUAAAUUUUGUUACUUAAGUUAUUGUGUAGUUUUAAAAAUCAGUUUGUUCGUGUGAAAGAAGUUUUUAUUUAUAUAAAAUGUUGAAUUUUUAUCCUGUAGUUUUAUUUAUUAUUUUUCAUUAGUGAAGUUGAUAUUCUUGUAUUUAAACGAAAACAUUUCCUGGUGAUGUUAAUUAUAUCUUCAGAAUGAAUCAAAACCAUUAGGAUAUUAAUUACUGCUUUUAUGUUGUUAAUUAACCUUCAUUUGAUGUGUGCCCAAAAUUAACAGUUGAGGCUGUUACAAUUUAGUGUACACAAUUGCUAUUUAUAAAGAUACCAUUUUUACUCUAAAUCUGAAUAUUUAUCUAAUGCUUUCACACAACAAAUCUUAAAAUGUACAAACAUUUUGUGGUUGCAUUUACACAAAGUGUUAAAUUUUAAGAUCGGCUUUUAGUAGCAUAGUUUGUUCUUAGAUAUCUAUUUAUAUAUUUAUUAUAAGAUCAUUUUCAUCGGUAGCCUAAGUUUCACAUUAUUAUUGAAUGGAUUUGAAAUUAUAUUUUGAUAUGUUUUAUCAUUCGGUCAUACUUUUAUUAUAAAUAUGAUUAACUUUGUUAAAAGUUGUGACAAAAUAAACUGUUUAUAAAUUUGCAUGAAUAUAUAUUGUUCUCAAUUGAG